CAAUUAAAGACGUCAAACCCUUCAAACCGCACGGACUCAAAUCCCCCUUCGUCACCUCUGUUCUUUCACCCAAAUCGACUCUUCAAAACACCUUAGCCCAUACUGCCGGUGCUUCUUUUAUUCGUCCACCAGAAGGCCGCCGUAUUCUGUCCACAGACUACCAGAAGCUUUGGCGAAUCGUUCGUUAGGUGUUCUCUUUGCCGUAUUCAGGCUGAUCGAAUUUCAUCAAUAACAACACUUCAUUCUUCAUCAUCUUACCAAGAUCCGCCACUAUCCUCAUCGGUCCUCCCCUUCUUUAUCAAUUACCCCCAAAAAGAACUCUCUGCUCUCGCGAACAUGGCGGUGGCAACUCCAGGACAACUAAAUCUUCACGAAUCCCCUAUGUGGGGUUCUAGGAGCGUUGAUUGUUUCAAUAAAUUGGAACAAAUCGGUGAAGGAACUUAUGGGCAAGUUUUCAUGGCUAGAGAAAUUGAAACUGGAGAAAUUGUUGCUUUGAAGAAAAUAAGAAUGGACAAUGAAAAAGAAGGGUUUCCAAUCACUGCCAUUCGUGAAAUCAAGAUUCUAAAGAAGCUUCAUCAUGAAAAUGUGAUUAAACUUAAGGAGAUUGUCACUUCCCCUGGUCCCGAGAAAGACGAACAUGGGAGGCCAGAUGGUAAUAAAUAUAAAGGGGGGAUCUACAUGGUCUUUGAUUAUAUGGAUCACGAUUUAACUGGUCUUGCUGAUCGUCCUGGGAUGAGGUUCACUGUUCCCCAGAUCAAGUGCUACAUGAGACAGCUGUUGACAGGUCUUCAUUAUUGUCAUGUAAAUCAAGUACUACAUCGUGAUAUUAAAGGUUCAAAUCUUCUCAUAGACAAUCAAGGGAUGCUAAAACUUGCAGAUUUUGGUCUUGCUCGCUCCUUUUCAAAUGAUCAUAAUGGGAAUCUCACCAAUCGUGUCAUUACCUUGUGGUAUAGACCUCCAGAAUUGUUGCUUGGUAGCACAAAGUAUGGUCCUGUUGUUGACAUGUGGUCAGUUGGAUGCAUCUUUGCAGAGCUUCUCCAUGGGAAACCAGUAUUUCCUGGCAAAGAUGAGCCAGAGCAAAUAAAUAAGAUCUUUGAGCUUUGUGGAGCUCCAGAUGAGGCCAAUUGGCCAGGGGUUACGAAACUUCCUUGGUAUGCCAAUUUGAAGCCGAACAGGCCAAUGAAAAGACGAUUACGAGAGUACUUUAGACACUUUGAUCGUCAUGCUUUAGAAUUGCUGGAGAGGAUGCUGACUCUUGAUCCCGCACAGAGGAUCUCCGCAAAGGAUGCGCUUGAUGCGGAGUAUUUUUGGACUGAUCCUUUGCCAUGUGAUCCUAAGAGUUUGCCAACAUACGAAGCAUCACAUGAGUACCAAACAAAGAAGAAACGCCAGCAGCAAAGGCAGCUGCAUGAAGAAGCCGCAAAACGUCAAAAGGUUCAGCAUCCAGCAGCACAUGCUCGUCUUCCACCUAUUCAGCACUCCGGUCAAUCACAUGGCCAGAUGCGGCCUGGACCAAACCAACCCAUGCAUGGCUCGCAAUCUUCCGUUCCUGCAGGUCCCGGCCAUCAUUAUGGCAAGUCUCGAGGACCCUCCUCUGGAAAUCCCAACAGAUAUUCCCAGAGUGGAAAUCCCAGUGGGGGAUAUAAUCACCCCAACCGUGCAAAUCAAGGUGGCGGAGGAGGCUACGGCAAUGCCCCAUACCCGCAAGGUCGUGGCUAUGGUUCGAGUGGCUCACGUGGUGGUGGGUCCAGUGGUUAUGGUGGAGGUGCACCAAAUUAUCAGCAAGGUGGACCAUAUGGUGGUUCAGGUACUGGUCGCGGAUCCAAUAUGAAUCGUAAUCAGCAGUACGGUUGGCAGCAAUGACACUUCUACAUCUAUAACCCUGUUUAUAUGGUGGUAGUAUCUUUCUACUGCUUUUACAUAUGAUGUGAUCUUCGAGAUAAUGUGUCGCUACGUUACGUAUCAUGCUGAACUUAGUAACUUCCCCUCCUGCUCCCAGUUCAUUUGGAGGGUUAUAGUUCUUGUAAGAUUUCCAAUUUUCAUGUAUAAUUUUCUAAUUCAACAUUUAUUUACUAGCGAAAAUGGUGUUGUACGGUUGCAUGGCAUAUUUUAGUCAAGUUUACAAGUUUCAUUUUCCAUUUUUGUAACUUUUUUUGAUGUAUUCUUGAUUUUGAUUAUCCUUCAAUUGAGAAAACUAAGACUUGGGCCUUA